AUGCACAGACGACGCAGCUCCGAGAAAUUUUUCGAUUGCCGUGCUUCUUCUCCACCUUGCUGCUGUCAUCUUCUUCCUCCUUCUCGUACAGACAUCGCCGUCAUGUCUGCCCAAGCUUCAACCUCAACAUCCGGCGCAGCGGCGGCUGAAGAGCAGCCAACGCCGCAGCAGCUCCUCUUCGCCAAGUCCAUCAUGCUUACGUUUGAGCUGUGGCCUGCAAUGCGUCUCGCCGUUUCGGAAGAAUGGGGCGGCCCCGACUCCGCCGACAAGCGCGACUUUUUGCUAUCGCACCUUUGCGACGAGUACGGUAACCCAGGCUCCGCAUUCGAGCCCGAUCUCGAUGACCUUGCAGACGUCCUCGAGCACUACAUGAUUGACGAGUACGAAGCGCGCCUCGAAGACGGCUCCCCAGACUGGGUCGCUGGCCGCAUUGUGGGCCUGCACCGCGUCAUUUUCGGUCCCGACGACGAUCUCGCACGCGCUCAAGCUGCAGUAGCUGAGCUCGAAAAGGCCUACCAGGAUCUCAAGGGCAAGAAGGCCACAUUUCAACAGGGUCCCAAUCAGGAUGGAGAGGUGGAUUCGCACAGCGAGGACGAAGACAUGCGUGACGCGAGAAGCAUGGCGCAGCAGCAUGGCGGGAUCACCGAGGCGGAUAGGCAAGGUGCACAAGCCGGGCUGGAACAGGACCAGGCGAGAUCGACAAGAGAGCCGCAGCAGCCCAUCAUUGACGAAGAUGGAUUCGAGACGGUUGUUUCGCGAAGGCGUCGCAAGUAA